UGGGAGUGACAUUUAUGGGAUGUCUGUGAGAGGCGGCUGGGUGGGGGUGAACACAGUGAUGACAUCAGCAGUCACUUUGGCCGGAGUUUUCGACGCCCCUUUGCUGCUUCCCUCCCGCCCACCGACCGCCAUCACCGAGUCACAAGUAGAACCCCUCUGCGAGAAUCGGUUUGGCAGCGCAUAGAGAGACCGUUGCAAUACACGGUGGGCUGAACGUUACAUCGUAGUUCCUGGUUUCACUCUUCCGGUUGCGUCGAUGGCCACUUUAUUCCAGCUGGGUUCGAAGCCGGACCAUCUGCCCAUGCUCCCCGGCCUCCCAGCUCAACACCAUCGGGCUCACGCGGGUCGGCGAGCCCAUCACCAUGGUCAACGCUCCGACUACCUGAUAGCGGCCCGCCGUCGCGCAGAGCAGAAUCGGGAGCAGAUGCAGCACCAAAUACAAUACUAUGACCGAACACAACAGCAGAGUCGGUUUGAGGAAUACACUGAGGAUUCUAUGCGACGGAGUAGAGUUUCAGAGCGGUUCAAGCAGCUGAAGGUGGAAGAAGAUGGGAAACUGGAGGAGAGGAGAGAGAGGUUACGCCAGCGUAUCGCACAGGAUGAGGACCGAUAUCAGGCCGAGUUGGUUGCUUCCAGGCCAACCAAAGAGUCUCGCGUGUAUGCAAUGAGGGCGCGGGUGAGCGAGCUCAAAGCAAAGAGAGAGGCGGAGCGGCAAGCCGUAGUGGGCGAUAAAUUACUCCAACGAUGGAGGAAUGAAUGUGACGAGCUGCGUGUCGUGGAAUCCAAAAUCCUUGAGACCGAAGUCACGAAUGCUCGUGCGUCACAGUUGAUCGAACAUGAACAGAAGAGGGCCCUCGCAGUACAAGAGAAACAAUACUACGAUCAACUCUGGGAGCAGGACCGCUUGAAGAAGAUCGAGCGCGAGGAGAAGGAUAACCAGAUUCGCAGGGAGAGGGAUUUGGCAACAAAGCUGGCUCUGGAGGAGCAGCUCAAACUUUUGAGGCUGAACGCUGAGAAUGAGGAACGGUUGAAGCAGGAACAAGGCGUUUUGAUGGCCCAAGAAAUCGAAUUGCAACGUCUUGCGGAAGAGCGAGCGCAUGAGCAGAAACUGCAAUCACAACGUCUCAUCCGCCUCGACUUGGAUACAUUCAACAAGAACAGGAUUCUGGCGCGACAAAAAGAAGUCCAGGAAGCGCUCGAGCUGGAUUUGAAGAUUGUCAACGCGUUCUUCCGUAUGGAUGAGCAAGAACGGGAAAAACAGAGUCGCCGUAAGGAGGAGCUUAAACGGGAGAUGAAGAUGUACAUGGACUAUCUUCGGGAGCAGCGGCGCGUCGAGGCGGAGAGGGAAAGGGAGAUUGAGGAGCUGUAUGCUCAGGAGAAUGCCAAGCUCUGGCAAACACGAACAGAGAAAUGGCAAAGGGAGCAAGCUGCGCGCGAUCGUUUGAUGCAGGAAGUGAUCGCAGGACGGAAAGAGCAGCUGCAACAUUCCUGUGAGUGGAACUUGCAGCUAUUUAUCGAAUGGGCGCAUCCUUUCGUUGCCAGGCUUGCAAGAAGCGGCUUGAUAAUACUUCCGCUCUCCCAGUGAACCUAAAUAAAGCACGAUUACACGAGGCCGAAAUCGAGAAACAGGUCCUAGAGGCCCAAGUAGCUUCGAUGCAGGCAGGUGAAGAAGAGGCUCGCGAGCGCCAGUACCACGUGGGUCAGGAGUAUCGCAAGGCGCUGUUGGAGCAAGUGCGGGUGGGGCACGAGCGGAAGGAGAAGGAGCACCAACGCGACUGGGAGCUAGCGGAAGCGGCGAGACUACAGGAGGAACGAUACGCUGAGCUCUUGAAGAGGGAGGUGGCGAACGCACAUAACUUGCCGAGGUAUGGGUCACGAUUUUCUUCACGUGAGCGAGUUCAUUCUCAUCCAAUUAUUUUCGUAGGGUUCGGGCCUUCAGAGGCUCUACUAGGGACCCAAUCACAAUGUCUACAAUACCACAAUAUGCAACGAUAAUCGGAUCUGGCGGCGGGAGGCCACC